CCCAGCCAGCCAACCAGCCAGCCGGCCCGGGCUAUCUAGCUUGAAAAGAAAAAAAAAUCCGGCUCAUGGACCCCGCCACGGCUCCGCCUCCUGCUGCUGGCAGCAGCCCAGGCCCAGGCUGCCCCUGUUCACCUCGCUCGCCCACCGUCCCGCUGCGGUCGAGCUCGAGCAGGUCCUCCCUCCAUCGCGCCUUGAUCACUGCACCAUCAUCGUCCUCACCGACGAGGCCAGCAGCAGCAACAGCAACAGCAACAAGAACAGUAGCAGAGCCACCCUUGUCCGAUGCUAUCUCAGCAUCUCCUCCUUUCGCCGCACAGCCGCCACCGACGCGCUGCCUGUCGCCCGACACGGACACAGACACACACUGCAACAGCCGGCCUGCGUCCGGCGCCACGACCGAGACGAGCAUCGAGGAGGUACAAGAAGAAGGAGAAGGGAAAGGAGCAGCAGCAGCGGCAGCGUGCUUCCACAAGGACUACGUCGUGCCAGUGCACCAAGUACCCCUGCCUUCCAUCCCCUCACCUGCCAUCUCCGCUGCGCAAGCGUUGCCCAGGCGCUUCAAGCGCCAGAGCUCAAGCUCUAUGCCCGCUCCCGCCCUUCCGCCGCACGCUCCAAGCACUGCUGCUGCUGAUGCCCCGUUCCCAACAGCCUCAGCGGCAACGGCAGCAACACCAACGCCACCAACCUCAGCGAGCGCCGCGGGGCACGAGAAGCGCGCACGCAAGCGCAGCCAGCGCAACUCGCUCGUCGGCUUGCUCUCCCCGUCCCUCGCUAGCUCCCUCUUUGCCGGCCUCGACGCCGGCGGGGGCGCCACCAGCCGCAUCGCCAGCAGGACCAGCAUCACCACCAUCAGCGCCAGCAAAGAAUGGCGCGAGAGGAGGCAGGAGAAGCAGAGGGCUAGAGUGAUGAGCGCCGGCUCGGGCUCAGGCUCAGGCCCGGCUGCCACCUGCCCCUCAACAGGUGAUGCAGCAGUAGCAUCAGGAUCAUCGUCACCACAGACAGGAGCAGUGGCGCUCCCGCUUGCUUCUGGCCCAGAUGAUUCCGAAAUGCCACAGACACACCACUACUACCAGCGCUCCUCGUCGACGCACACCGUGCUGCCGCCUCCGUCUGCAACGCUGACGCGCAGGCAGAUGCUCGGAGCGAGUAGCAGGCGCAUCUCGCUUCCGACCGUCCCGAGCAUGCUGCACCGCUCCUCCCUUGGCUCCACCAUAGCUGCAGCCACAGCGGGCGGCGGCGCCGCGGCAGCAGCCGAAGCAGAAGAAGAGGAAGGAGAACCAGAUGAAGAGCGCGACAGCGAAAACCCAGAAAUCGCCGCGGAGCCCGCGCCAGUGCGCCGGCGCGCCGCGCCGGCCAUUCCUUUCGGCGCAGCUGCGGCGAACCGCACGAGCAUGGCGUCCAUCGCUUCAUUCGAGAGCCUCCCCGAGGGACAUGCCGUCGGCAGCUUUGCAGAGCGUAGCACCGUGCUCGUCAGCGGUGGCUUGGCCAGUGGUGGUAGCGCCAGCGGCAUCACCAAGCGCAGGAGCGUCAGCCGCGAGCCCUCAGCCGAAUCAUGGCUCUCGCUGAGCGCUGGAGGUCGCGCCCGCGGCUGUGGCUUCGCGUCUGCGUCCGUGCUCGCGUCCGGGUCAGCCAUCACCGACUCUCCGCCUUCGUCGCCCGCUUCGCCCAGCAUGCCAGACCAUGAGGCGCCGCCGCCGCCGGCAGCAGCCGCAGCUGCAUCCAGAGCUUCACAUCGCUCGUCAUCAUCUUCCUCAUCCUACUCCUUCGCGUUCGGGCAGGCGCCCAGCCCGUUGUUCACACCUGGCAAGGCGCGCGCGGCGCUCUCGCAGUCUGUAGCACGUCCAUUGUCCAGCUCGACAGCAGCGGUCGCGGCAGCGCGCAUGCAGCGCCGCGCGCUGCACCGCAGCUCGACGGAGCCGGCCGGCGGAGUGGGCGUAGGUGUGGUAGACCUGAUGGCGCUCCUGCAAAAGCGUAAGAAUACUGCUGCCGAACUGCUCGACACGGAGCGCAGGUACGUCGCGGGGCUCAAGAUGAUUCACGAGGUGAGUCCCGCUGUUCUCGGCGCGCAUAUAGCUUGCGAAGCCGCGUGUGUGAGUUUGUGUUUUGUGACUGGCGACUGACACCAGACGCCUUUUGCCCCGCAUACCGCGGCGCAUAGGCAUACUAUCAACCACUCCAUGCGGCGUCCUACGGCGGCGCGGGCCGGCAGGCUUCCGGCGGCGGCGCUUCGGGCAGCUCCACUGUUUCACCAGCAGCUGCAGUUGCAGCAGUUGCAGGCACAGGCGCAGCAUCCUCCUUGGCAUCUCUGGCAAAGGGCGUCGUCGGAGUCGGCCCUGCCAAGCUGCAUGCGCCCUCGCUAUC